CAAACAAAACGACACGUUUGUGGUCCACGUUUAAUUUCCAAGAUAAAACCAGCCAGAAAUGAUUUACAAACUCGUGCCCUUUCUGCUGCUCUGUGCGUUUGCUCUCGUGUCGUUGCUGGUGUUUCACAAAGUUUACGAAACCACCCAGCUCGUGAUCGACGAAGAAUUCCACCUUCGACAGGGCGAUCACUACUGCCGCGGUCGUUAUCAAAAAUGGGAUCCGAAAAUCACCACCUUUCCCGGGCUUUACCUUGCUUCGGCAGCAAUUCUGAGCCCGCUAAACUUGUGUUCCGUUUAUGGUCUGAGACUCACCUCACUGAUCGCGGCAAUCGUGAACGUCGUGCUCAUGUACCAGAUCCGGAAAAGCUUCAUCCAGCGUAAAACCAACACGGAUCUGCUGCUGGAAGUGGCCUCGUUAUCGCUCCUUCCUCCACUGUAUUUCUUCGCGCAUCUCUACUACACCGAUGUCCUUUCGGUAACGGCGGUUCUGUUGCUGGUGCUGGCCAGUGAACGACGUCGCCACAACUGGGCAGCACUGUGGGGCUUUUGUGCCGUGCUGAUGCGUCAAACCAACAUCGUCUGGGUAGGAUUCGUUUGUGGAUCGCGUGCCAUCGAUCUGCUGCUAUCGAAGGGCAGCUUGAAAGAGCUCGUUCUUUCACCAUCUCGCUUGUUCAAUUUCAUCGGUGAGAUAUUAGAGCGGUUCUGGGCGUAUGCCAUCGUGAUGGGAAGUUUUGUGGCCUUUUUGGUCGUGAACGGUUCCAUCGUGAUUGGCGAUAAAUCCGCUCACGAAGCAGCAUUACACGUUCCUCAGCUAUUCUAUUUCACGUUGUUCUUUACCAUGUUCAGCUCGUCGCUGGUGCUGCCAGCUGCUUCCGAUAUCUUGAGAACAGCGGUUCGAAGAUGGUACCUCAUACUCAUCGCAUUUGCUGUUGUCGGUGUCAUCAUUCACUUCAAUACGAUUGUACAUCCCUACUUGCUGGCUGACAAUCGCCACUACACGUUCUACCUUUGGAACCGAUUCUACGGACGCUGGUGGUUCGCUCGAUAUCUGCCAAUCGCAGUUUAUGUCGUUGGUGGAUUGCUUCUCUGGAAAGCCAGUAUGCAGCGUCAGACGUACGGCUUCAUUCUGCUUUCAUCACUGGCUAUCGUUGCGUCCGUGGCACUCCAGCAACUGCUGGAAGUGCGAUACUUUCUGCUACCAUUCCUGAUACUUCGGUUGCUCCGCAAAGGAGGUGUUUCGAGACGUGCCCUCGUAGUAGAACUGCUAGUGAACGUUAUCAUCAACAUCGCUACAUUUGCGAUCUUCUUCCACAAAGAAAUCGUGUGGAAAGAUUACAAACAGCCGCAGAGAAUGAUUUGGUGAAAAGCUAAAGAGCAAGAAUGGCAUUCU